GCCGGGCGGAGCUGGCGUGCGGCUUGCGGGUCCGGCUCUCACGCCGGAGACAGGACCCCGGGCCCGGCCCGCUAGGCAAGCCACGCCCCGGUACGCUCGCCAUGCCCAACAGAGGAAGGCGACCCAAGUUCCGGGCCCACGACGCCUGCUUCGGCCGAGUGACCGCGACGGAUUACGACAACUCGGAUCCGGCGGUCGUGAGGUCUGGACGAGUCAAGAAAGCCGUAGCCAACGCUGUUCAGCAGGAAGUAAAAUCUCUUUGUGGCUUGGAAGCCUCUCAGGUUCCUGCAGAGAAAGCUCUGUCUGGGGCUGGUGAGCCCUGUGACAUCAUUGACAGCAGUGAUGAGAUGGAUGCCCAGGAGGAAAGCAUCCGUGACAGAACUGUCUCCAGAAAAAAGAAAAGCAAGAGGCACAAAGAAGAACUGGAGGGGGCUGGAGGAGAGGAGUAUCCCAUGGAUAUUUGGCUGUUGCUGGCCUCCUAUAUCCGUCUUGAGGACAUUGUGAAAUUUUCUCUGAUUUGUAAGAAUGCUUGGACUGUCAUUUGCACUGCUGCCUUUUGGAUCAGGUUGUGCCGAAGGCACUACACGCUGGAUGCUUCCCUGCCUUUGCCUCUGAGACCAGAGUCAAUGGAGAAGCUGCGCCGUCUCCGGGCUUGUGUGAUCCGAUCUCUGUACCAUAUAUGUAUGAGCCAUUUGCUGCUCCAAUCUCCAAGAAUCCAGCCAUUCCAGAAAGCACCCCCAGCACAUUAAAGAAUUCCAAAUGCGUACUUUUCUGGUGCAGAGAGAUUGUUGGGAAAAGACAGGAACCAAUGUGGAAAUUUAACUUCAAGUUAAAAAAACAGUCCCCUAGGUUAAAUAGCAAGUGUACAGGAGGAUUGCAGCCUCCGGUUCAGUACGAAGAUGUUCAUACUAAUCCAUACUAAGACUGCUGCCUACUGCAGGUCACCACGCUCAAUUUCAUCUUUAUUCCGAUUGUCAUGGGAAUGAUAUUCACUCUGUUUACUAUCAAUGUGAGCACGGACAUGUGG